GGCAGCUCUUUCCAGUCUGUGCUGAACCCUGCGGGUUGCUGCGCUGUUCCCAACAAUGUUCCCAGCUGCCACUUGGCUGUUCCUGCUGGUGGCCCUCGGCCCCCCUUCGGCCAUGGGGGACAGGAUCCAGGAAGCUGAGGAGGGUGACGCUUCGAAGCUGGGUCUCUGCUUCAAAGGCUUCGCUGUAGAAGCCGGCAGUCUGAACCUGGGACAGAGAUGGGGCGACCCCUCCCCAACCGCCACCCUGCACAUUGAUCUGCAAACGGUGACGAGUGCAGCUUCCUCAUUUGACUUCCGCACCUUCGACCCAGAAGGGGUGAUCUUCUACGGGGACACCAGCCCCAGUGUUGACUGGUUUGUCCUGGCGCUGCGUCGGGGGAAGCCUGAAAUGCAGAUCCAUAACACCCUGACCAAUAUCACUGUCUCCGGGGGGCGGCGUCUCGAUGAUGGCCAGUGGCAUCGGAUCGUGGUAAAGAACGAAGGCCACGGCGUCAUGCUGGAGGUGGAUGGAGAUGACCACCUCACGCUCAGCCACGUCUCCCACCCGAUCGUCAGUCGCCCCACCUCUCAGAUGCGCAUUGGCGUGGGAGGCAUGCUUAUCUCCCUGCAUGAGUUGCUGGCCCCGCUGAAUCCGGCCCUGGACGGCUGCAUGAGGCGUUGGGACUGGCUGAACAAGAGCCUGGAGUGGCAUGAGGGCACUUCUUUGGCGGACCAGGACACCAAGGUCUGUUUUGUCACCGUCCAGCGGGGCAGCUUCUUCCCUGGAGACGGGCAGGCCGUCUUUGCACUGUCAGCGCUGCCCAGCGGCCCCAGGCCGGCCAACGGGAGCUGGCUCCUCUCGAUGCAGCUGCGGAUCAGGGCCGCUCCGCAGCAGAGCACCCUCCUGGCCGUCUCCGCCUUGAAGCAAAGCCCACUUCUGCGCUUGGCCCUGCAGCACAUGGAUCUGACGGCCGAGCUGGGUAACAAGACCGUUCUCCUGGUUCCUCUCCCUGAAGGGGGCUGCCUGGACACCCUCGUCUUCCUUUCCGUCAGCCCCUCUUCCUUCAAGCUGCGUCUGGGCAACACCGAGAUCUCCAAGCCCACCCCCAAGUCAGAGUUUGAAAGCCUGCAGCAGAUCUGGCUGAGCAGGAUGGGAAGCCUGGUCAUUGGGGGGUUAUUUGGAGAGGAGAAAUCGCAGGAGGUGAAUUUCUUCCGUGGCUGCCUCAGCGCCAUCCAGGUGCAGGGCCGGGAGCUGGACCUCGAUGCUGCCCAAUACCGGGCCAACUCUAUCUGGGCACACAGCUGCCCCGGGAGCGACGAAGGCGAAGUCAACAGGAACGAUGGGCACUAAAGGGGUGGCCGAGCUACUGCACCCACCCCUCUUGCCAGAGGGCCAUUUUUCCAGACUUUGGCGCCCAUGCCUCCAUCUCCCACAUUCUCUCCUCCUGCCCUGCGCUGUUGCCACGUCUUGUGGCAGCUUGGCCCUGCUAUGGGAGAACUUCUGUGGCUGCAAGUUUGGGCAGGGUGCAAUUGUUGACAGCGUUGCUGCUAAACAGGUCGGCGCCCAGAUGAUGGGCGAUUGUGGGACUUGGCAUUGAUGGCACCUUCCUCCAGGCUCCGAGGAGGGCUGCUAGCUUCUGGUGACUUGGUCCCUGCAGAAUCAGUGUGCCAUCAUGGCAUCCUUGUUCAGAUUGAUCCAGUGCCUGCAACUGGGCUGGUGGACGUGGUCCUCCCCCACCCCUAGUGGAAACUUCUUCAUUCCCCCUCCCUGAAAAAAAAAUAAUUGUAGUAAGUAGAGAGAGUCACAGACUUUGAUGCAGCCAAAAAAUGGGGGUGGCAGGGGGAGAGGAAUUUCUAAAAAAUUGGGGAACUGGAGGAGUCUGUGUCCACCAGCCCGGUUACAUCACCUAACCCUGGAUUAGAGCCAUCAUACGCGAGAUGGGUGGUAGACAAAUUUAAUAAUAAAUAAAUAAAAAUAAAAUCUCACCCUUCUGA